UUCUUUUAUUCUUCGUAACUUUGUAAGCAAGCGGACGUGUUUUUUCUUGCUGCAGUCUUCUUUGCAUUUGCUUAAGUAAACUAUACAAAAAUGGGUAACAAAUCUUCGCUUUUUCUGCGGCACGAGGAAAUUGCGCAAAUACAAAACGAAACGGGCUUUACACCUAAUCAAAUUGAGCGUUUGUAUUCGCGUUUCACCUCGCUGGAUCGCAAUGACUGCGGCACGCUCUCUCGCGAGGAUUUGAUGCGCAUACCCGAGCUGGCCAUAAAUCCGCUCUGCGAGCGCAUUGUGCACUCCUUCUUUGCGGAGAGUACCGAUGAUCGUGUGAACUUCCGUCAGUUCAUGAAUGUGCUGGCGCACUUCAGACCGCUGCGCGACAAUAAACAAAGCAAGCUGAACAGCCGCGAGGAGAAGCUCAAGUUUGCCUUUAAGAUGUACGAUCUGGAUGAUGAUGGUGUCAUUAGUCGCGACGAGCUGCUGUCCAUACUGCACAUGAUGGUGGGCGCAAAUAUAAGCCAGGAUCAGCUGGUCAGCAUUGCCGAACGCACCAUAUUGGAAGCAGAUCUGUGCUGUCAGGGCAAGAUAUCGUUUGAGGACUUUUGCAAGGCGCUCGAACGCACCGAUGUGGAUCAGAAAAUGUCUAUAAGAUUUCUUAACUAACCGUCAAGCACUAGUCGGGGGGUUUAGGGCCACAAGCGGUUCAAUUACUUAGUCAGUGUGUACCAAAUAGUUUAGAGAAAAUAUUUGCAGUUAAAGGAGAGUAUAAUUUGUUUUUUUUGUAUUAAAUAGUUAUUUAACUGUAGUAAUUAAAACAAUACAUAUUUAAUUUGUUGCUUAGUUUAUUAUGUUGCCGCGUCGCAUUCCGCUACAAGUUGAAUUUUCCAUUUGGGCCAGUGAAAACAAAAACUAAAAACUAAUGUAUUUAUUUACUUAAACAAUUCAAUUGCUUUGCUAAACAUAAAUA